AUGGCUCAUGUCCUAGUUGUCUACCCGUCCGGUCCGUCCUUCGACCUCGACUACUACCUCAAGAUCCACAUGCCCCUCGUCUCCUCCACCUGGGAAUCCUCUGGUCUUUUGGGCUGGGAUGUCCUUACGUUCCCCGCCGAUGCGCCGUACCAGGUGCAGGCUACUUUGAGAUGGAAGAGCUUGGACGAUUUCAAUGCCGCGGCUGCUGGUGAAGCGACAAAGACUAUCUUUGGGGAUAUUCCGAACUUUACCACUGCGCAGCCGAUUCUGCUUAAGGGGGAUGUUAUUGCUAGCUCUUAG